AUGACAGGAACACAUACUGGUGAGGGGCUCGGCGCAGCUAUAAAGAAAGGCGUCGGAAUGGUUCACGGCACCGGAGAAGCGAUCCGUGGAAAUGUCAAUGCAGCAGUCGACUCAGCUACUGGGGACCAUGAAUCUGCGCAGCGUCAGCAAAAUAUCGCCGUACGCGGGGUCGAUGAGUUUGAGCACGGCCACUACCACGGAACUGGAGCGGGCGUCACACCGAAAGACACCGAUCGCGAGCGUGUGAACCGAUAUGCUCAAGGCGAAUCCGCAACUCUUGGUUCAACCAACUAUGGCCCCCAUGGAACCAACUUAGGCAACAAGCUCGACCCGCGAUUUGAUUCGGACCUCGACAACCGCGCCACCAACGCCACCGGAAGCACAAACAUAGGUGCUCACUCGGCGAAUGCUGGAAAUGGGGUUGAUCCACGGGAUAAUGAUGGUGAGAUUGGACUGAGGAGAUAG